AAAUAAAAACCUAGAGAUCAAAUGUCUAUUUGUAAACAAGUGAAGUGUAUGUUAAAUAACAUUGCAUAUAAUCAUUUUGCUAAAAACGGAGUUACCGUUAAGCUAGUAUACUUGCUGAAAAAAAAAGCAACUGAUUACUGAAAAUUUUAGACAAUGGACGAGUCAGGUUACGGAGGUUAUACCGGUGGGAUGGAUUUAGGAGGAGGGUGUAUGCCUAUGGAUAACAUAGCAUAUAUAAGUGGGAGUGAGGUCCUAGGCAACCAGAUUCCAUCGGGUAAUGUGGAAGAAGCACCCGCUGACGUGUCAUAUAUCAACGAAGGCAAUGAUCUAGACCUGGAUCUGGAUAUCAAGAUGCCGAAAAUGAAGUUCAAAAAACCAAAACCAACUCCUGUUGUUAGAAGAAACUACUCUUCAAAUAACGGCGGAACAAUAAGUCUUGUCGUCGGCGUCCUCGUUGGCAUUGCAAUAUUUCUCAUACUCUACUUCUUUGUCAUAAGCGACUGAUGCAGCUACCAUCUGAAGAACUUUUUUUGUUUUGCCGUGCAAAUCAUGUUGAGAAGGAACCUUUACAACCUUUCACAGACCUGUUUGACAAUACAUGUGCUAGUGUUAAAGUUAAGCAACGCAGAUUUUGCAUUUGUAUGUGAAAUUCUGCUUGAUACUAUUAUUGAAAUGGGCCUCGUUUACAUCCUUUUGUUAAAAUUUGAUUGUGCUUUGCAAACGAAGCUCUUAACUAAUCUUAGUUUUUGAAUAACCAUGUGAGAUACAAAAAUCUAAUUUUUCAUAAGAAGAAGUAUGCGUCUGAAUCAAAUGAACAUAUUUUGCCAGUAUUUGAUAAUUAUUACUAACAUUGACCUUGUAAAGGUAGUUCGCAAUGCCAGGUGUUCAUCUUAUAUCAACCUCCCUGUAGAUAAAGAUAUGAAAUAUUUUCAAGAAGUAACUUUAAAAGAACUUUAAAAAGUUCAUAUUUAUUGUGCUUUCAUAUUUAUUUUACUGUAAUCUUGCUAUAAUUUAAGUAACAAUGUUUAUACUGUAUAAUUUAUGCAUUUACUUGUUAUGCCAUAUACGGGUUGAAUGCAAUAGUACAUUAGUAUGUCUUAUUUUGCUGUAUUUUUGAUACGAUUAUAUAUUUUUGUUGUCUUUUAUAAUAACAUUAAUAAACUUAUACCGUA